CUGAUAAAUUCUAUUCCACUUAUAUGGCAAAGCACCAGCAUAAAACUACUUAACAAGGACAGAACCUUAAUCAGAUCCAGAGGAUAGGUAGAAUACCCAAAACUUAUACUUGGUUAAGAAUACCACUACUUCAAUAUAUUUCUACUAUAUGGUAGUAAUAAUGAUGGCAACCUGGCAAUAGAACACCCUCUACUCCAGUGUAUCUGUGCUCAGCUGACUGAACAGCCAGAGAUUUAAGGAAAACUAUCAAAAGCAAAUAAGGUGGAUUAGGAGAGCAGCCAACAACUGCUGGUUCCAUCCAGCACAUGUUACUGUGGAAUAUUGUCUCUGUUCCUAGUUAGUGAGCUGUUAGCAUGUCUUGACUGUCAUGAGACAGUGUCUUCAAUCAGAGGUUUCUUCAGAUUUGUUGCAGAACUGACUGGAAGUGGAGAUCCUUUUCAUCAACAUCUUCCACAGAUGUCAGUUACAAGAACAUUUAAUUUCCCUUUGGGAUAAAAAUACAGUAUUUUUACUUGAACUUAAAAACAAUGUGAUUGAGGUGCAACGUUUUUUAUUUUUUGUUUUUACAUUUAACAAAAAUAGUGAGGAUAUAUGUAGUAUAUUUGAUAUGGUAUGUAACAUUUUGACACUGAAAUACCGAAUGAAACAACUUGUGUCAAACCUGUGGCCAGGUGAUCAUUUCAAUUGUAUGGAUGGAGGUUGAGAUCAUAUUCACACCAACAUGAACAAGAAUUGCUCAAAUUCAUCCUUUAAAAUAUCUAAUUUAGGUUUAAACUGUUAAUGGCACCUGUAGGAGAACCUAAAGAUUAAACUGUUAUUUUGUGCAUCGUUGAACAGGAUCCUGUAAUUGUAUCUUUAUUUUACACUCAAAUUCAUCUGCAACACCUGAAGGUGGAUGGACCUCUCAGCAUCCACAAGCUCAUCCCAGCAGGUGGUACACACGGUGGAACCCUUCCAGCCUCCACACCUCCACAGUGCUACGGUGUCGUAUCAGCUUGUGCUUGGAAAUCAUCACAGCCCAACCUGCCGAGCUCCCUCCUCCUUCCUGAAGCCUUGGACCGACUACAUCCCGUUGCUCGAGUCCCGCCAACCGAAGUGCUAGCGGCUCGGACGGGAGGCUGGAGCUUGCCGCUGGAUGACACGAGCUCCUUACACUUGUCCACGUCCCCGCACAGUGAAAGGAAGAACAUAGCAGCUGGUGUGGAGCUGGUGGUCUUCUCCUCAGAUCAGUGUUGAUGGGACUCUCCUCCCAGGCUGCCAGCUUCAUCACACCAAUGAGCAUCGCUCCUGUUGUUUGAAAGAGACACUUACACAGGAUCAGCAGCUGGAACCCAGGAGACAGGAAGGUGAUCCAGAGGAAGAAGAGCAGCCUUCCUCCCUCAGUGGAAGAACAGCUUCCUUCCUGUCCAGCUGUAAGAGCCACACCUGCACAGCAGCCAGCGACAUUCAGCAGUUUUCCAUGUCGAAGUCGGCACAGAUGCCGCUGUCCAACAUCACGGUGCCAAAGCCCUCCAUCUCCAGGGUGCCCAGCAGCAUGGAGGGCAUCAACCAUGAGCUGGAGAAAGUCUUCAUCAAAGACAACGGAGAGAAGGACGAGCUCAAGUCUCUGGAGGUUCCGGACGGGCGUCGGGCACCCUUCCCUCCCCAGCAGCGGAGCAGCAGUUCUCGCAGCGUGGACACCCAGACUCCUUCAGCUCCUGGGCGGUCCAGCAGCUGCUCCAGCCUGUCUCCUUGUCCCUCACCGGCCUGUCCUCCUGGGUCGCAUGAUGGCAGUCCUUACUCCACAGAGGAUCUGCUGUAUGACCGGGAUAAAGACAGUGGCAGCAGCUCUCCUCUCCCAAAGUUUGCCUCCUCACCUAAACCAAACAACAGCUACAUGUUCAAGCGCGAGCCGCCGGAAGGCUGUGAGAAGAUCAAAGCCUUCGAGGAGAUGAGCUCCCGGCAGCCGGCGGCGGCAGCAGCGGCCCCCCUCUUCUCCUGCCCUGACAAAAACAAGGUCAACUUCAUCCCGACAGGCUCGGCGUUCUGCCCCGUCAAGCUGCCCGGCUCCCUGCAGCCGGCACCCGCCUCGGGCCCGGAGGAGGACGACGGCGACGCCGGGGCCGGCCAGGGUGCCGCCUCGCUCUACGGGACCUCCACUCAGGUUUCCACCAGCACCAGCACAGACGACCCACCGGAGGAGCCGGGGUCCCCGUCAGAGACUACAGACACCCAGACAGACAGCUAGAGCUGGGCGGGGCCUCCAUCACCACCACUGACUGUCCCACCAAGAGGGCCUCGUCUCUCUGUGCUGACCCCCUCCACCCCCUUCCUAUCACUGCAUGACGUACAAUGUCCCUUCAUUUCCACCCAGACAGACGCUCGGAGCCGUGUGCAGGGGGAGCCGCCGGGGGAGGGGCCCCGACCAGGCGUCCCCGGGAACACCCCAGCACCGUGGAGGGGGGGAGGGGCAUGCAUUUUAAACUGGUAGUAGAUUUCUGAUUAAAUUAUGUGUUGUGUUCUGUUUCAACAUUCACAGUAUGAAUAAGCUGUAAUCGUACCCACAGAUAUAUCCAGACACACAUAGCUCUAUGAAAUACAGGGACAGCUUGGAACUGGUUUACUGUGACGGAACGAAGCGGAUCAGUCCGCUGCACUUAAGGGUUCUGUUUGCACUAUCAGCUCACAGGAAGUCCUGACUCCAACAGAACACAAUUAGAGCCUAGACCACAGAAAACUGUUACCAUGCAUCUGGUCGUGGUUUCAGGUGUUUCACAAUCAGAUUUUAUACUCAGGUAAAUUGGAAUGUGUGUCCAUACAAAGUAUCUGCAGCUCCACAAAGCAGAACAAUUUCCUGUCAUGUCAUUCCUAGAUUCUCUCCAUUCCCACACGGAUCGCUCUGGACGUCCCAGGACCCGCUCUGGUCCCAGGACCCGCUCUGGGGGGGCCAGACUGGUUCCCAGUCCGCAGUUGGAGCACUGUAGGGACCACACACACUGUGUGCAGAGGUGUGUGUGCUGAUGAAAGCGUUUCCAUCAGGAUUUGGAAAAUGCAGCAGGGAUGGUUUUUGUGUCUGAGCGGAGCGGACCUCCUGCUGACGGUGGGCUGUCACAUCAAACCCAGACAGUUGGUCCUGCAGGAAUGCAGACUGGAUGUGUAAAUAUACAAACAUUUAUUCUGAUUUAUAGCUUAAUAUUUCGAUCUUUAUAACCUUUUGAGGUGGGUGAGAAUGUCUUAAAGUUGGAUAAAUGAGGAAUUCCCACUUGUAUGUAUGGAAAGCUUUUUUGUCAAGUCGAUCAAGAUUCCACAAAAUGGCCUCUGUGUCUUAACCCGGCAAGCAGCCAUGAGUGUGACAGAGAUCAGAAUCAGACAAGUUUCAGUUACUCAGCAGGUCAAGCAGAAAAAUCAGAUUCAAAAAAAUUGUCAUUAAAUCCAUCAAACAUAAGACCUCCUGCUAUUUUCAAUCUUCUUUCCCUCCUAUUACAGCCCAGACCUUUGAUGAGCAUUUUAAAGUUAGAAACAGAUAAAGUUCAGGGAACUGAGCUGUGAUGUAUAUAUCAGAGAGAAGCUUGCAUUCCUCUGUAUUUAUAUAUAAGAAAACUGCAACACAUUUUUUUCUCUUAAGAUUAAAAAAAAUAUGAAAAACUGUCCAGGAAGAGUCUGAUUAGUUCAUUUCUUUCACUGUGAAUAAAGACAUUAAAUAAAAUUUACAUGGAACUUUUAAUUCCAUGUAAAAUUCCCUUUAUUUACCAUAAUAAAGGGAAAAAGUAAAGCAGAUCAUGUUUGUGCUACUCCCAGUGGGAAUGGUUGAUUUUCCUGGCAGAAAUCAUUUUGAUUUAUUUGUUAUUCUCUUUUAUCCAUUCGUCAUUGUUUCAGACAACAAUACAAAUCAUGAAGAUUUUUGUUUUUAGCAUUUCAUGGAAUUUCAGCAUCAUAUGACAGCAGUCACAGACCGCCUGCUCAUUUCUGUCUGCUUUCAGACCAAGUCAGUCAGGAUCUGUGUUCAAAUCCUUUUGAAGCAAAUAGUUCAGUUAAGAUCUGAGUCACUGCUUGGAACUGAUCCCAAACCAUUCUUUUACCGCUAAGAAAAACUAGGCAUAAUAAAUAAAUGUUUGUACUGAGCAUACCUCCAGCCUUCAUUCUAUUUCCAGAACAAUCCUGAUCCAUGAGUGACAUUCCUGAGAUCUGACCAUCCCAAAUACAGAUGAUUAAUUCCUGAAGUUCCAUCGCCGUGAGAGCGUAACAUAGAGAUGUGAGAGAUGAUUGGCUGCAGAUGCCGCAGCGCCUUCAUCAGAUUAAAGGAACCCGCUGGCCUGCCUCCCUCUCACCGUCCGUCUGUUACCGCCAAGCAACCAAACCCUGUCAGCAUCUUAUUUAUUCUGUACAAGAGUGAAUCAUAACCUGCAUUUAUUUUACUAUCUGGUAUGCUUGUUGCAUUGACGUUCCAUUUCUAUUUUGUAUAUAUGUGGCUUUUGAAGAGGCUCAAUGCAAUGUUGUGGUUUCAGCACCUUACCAAGAGCUUUAGCUUUCCCAGUAUCCCACGUAUGCUUGACAUGGGGAAGCAAGUGUGUGCAAUAAUUUGAGGAAAGAACUAAGAAAGACAGCGGUGUUGUCAUCCAGGAUGUUGCCCGUUCUUUGACAUGUUGCAUUGCUUUGGUGUUGAGUUCGGAGGCUGGAUCAGCAAGUAGCUUGUUGCUAACGCCAUCUCCUCCAAGACCAGCGCUGCAAGUGACCAGAGCACAUCACUGGCAGGCAAGGGUAUUCCUCAAUUCACUACAUGAUACUUCCUUGUGUAACCUGCAGUGUCAAAGUUCAUGCACAAUGGCAAUAAAAUCUUGGUUGUUUUGCCCAA